AUGUACUGCUCACCUUGGCGCGAGGAAUCGAGGCGCUACUACAACAAAGCCAGAGUGGUCGAAGUGACAGGCUCUAUCGACCUCCUUAACUGGAUCACCCACAUCGGCCCGAUCAUGGAGGACCUGUCGGACACGAGCUUGGCAUGGUGGGAGGCGACGAUGAAUGAUGUGCUCCGAUGGUACCGGUCUUAUAGCACGUCAGCUCCACUUGCUCGGUUACAACUUCGACCACAACCUUCAUCACCACUGAAGCCGGAGUGGGCUAGGGUGGAGAGGCGCGCAACAGCGAUGCUGCUCAGUGCUGUUCCCAAACAAGUGAGAGAUGAGGUUAUUUCCCAUGGAGAAGUUACGUCGUUGACGUUGUUGUGCAAGCUCUAUGCAGUUUAUCAACCUGGGAAUUUGCAGGAGAAGUCGUUGAUCCUCAAGAUGCUCGAGCAGCCCGACGAGUGCCAGACUGCUUUGGCUGCGGUGGAAGCACUUCGGAAGUGGAACCUUUGGCGGAGGCGAGCGGCCUCAGUUGGGAUAGCUGAGCCGGAUGCCUCGAUACUGCUUCGUGGUCUAGAUCGCAUCACGGGUGCAGUGGUGCGCGGGAGUGGAGAGCUCUCAUUCAGAGUGAGUUUGAUCCGGAGCACGUUGCAGAUAGACGUGUGCCCCAGCCCGAGCAGUAUUACCUCGUUCGUGCAGCACUUGCAGGCCGAGAUGGAGCAGCAGGCUAGGUACCCCCAUACUUGGAGUUUGGUGGAUAAGGGCUCGCGGCAAAAGAAGUGCCUUAACUGUGGGGCGCAGGGUCAUCGCGCCAAGGAGUGCAAGGCUCCCGGAGGUGGUUCCGCGUCUCAAAAAGGGUCUUCGAAGGGAGAUACCGUUGGGGCCAGUGACACCGGUGCUACCUCCUCUUCGACCCCCACUUCGGAGGCCUCACGUCGUGUGAACUUUGACGUUGCGGAUGUCCAGGCCAAGGUCAUCCGCGUCCUGAGCGAGCUAGAGAACUUGCCGUGCCUAGGCCCUACUGUGGCUUCCCUUGGAGCCUGGGGACGAAGUAAGAUCUUUGGGGUGAACAGCGGAAGACGAGCUCUACUUGACUCCGGGGCCACGCAUCCGCUCAGACACCCGCGUGACGAUGGUGAAUGGAGCAACGCUCAGGAUGUGAGCGUACAGCUUGCAGGUGACGCCCGCACACAGAUGAAACAGACCAUCGCGGGCACUUUGUUGAGUACCGAUGAUCUUUCACAAGUCAUAGUCCCCUUGGGGAAAGUAAUCGCCAAUCUUGGAUACCGGCUCCACUGGACAGCGCAGGCGUGUCAACUUGUCGGAUCCAACGACGAGAUCUUACCGUUGGAAAUAAGAAAUGGAUGUCCCGAGAUCGGCGAGAAAACCGCGCACUAUCUCAUCGAGCAGCUGGAGCAGCAGCAGCUUGCCGAGCUGGACAGUACCACCCAGACAAGCUUGCGGGCUCUGACGAAACUGAAGGCAAGCUGGUGGUCCUAUCUCCAGGAAUAUGUGAAAGAAGGCGAUGUGGAGCAAGCCCGCGCAGCGGUUGACAAGGCGGUCUUCUUUGACUACAAGUACGAUAUCAAAGACCGUCUGAUAAUCCCACGAUCAGAGCGAUCCGUGUGGGAUCUCUUGAAAGACAUCUCUGUGAAUAGACGGGCGAGAAAGCGGUUGUUGAGGGCGGCCGCUUGGAUAGUGAGAUGGGAUCCCCCCACAGUCGAGCGAUUCAAGGACCCGCUGAAGCAUCUUUCGUACUUUGGGGACCGGGUGUAUGUGAAUGUCAACGCCAUGGUCGUGGAUAAUGACUUCGAGGAUGUUUGGAAG